UAAAACCAAGACACCACACUAAAAUGUACCUCCUCCAGAUAGUUGCUCUUCUGGGCUUCCUGGCCCUUGGAUAUGGCGCUGCGAUACCCACCGGCUUGGAGCCCCAAUCACCCCUGGAUGGCCGGAUUGUAGGGGGAGUAGCGGCCUCAAUUGAGAACCAUCCGUGGAUGGUUUCAGUUCAGACCUCGGGAUCUCACCACUGUGGAGGCAGCAUCAUCAGCAACACCAUCGUGGUGACCGCGGCCCACUGCCUCGAGUCUCCGAUCACAGCCUCCGUGCUCCGGAUUAGAGCUGGCUCUAACCGACGUUCCUACGGAGGAGUUCUCGUCCAGGUGGCGGCCUUUAAGGCCCAUGAGGGCUACAAGACGGCCUCCAAGGUCAACGAUAUUGCAGUGCUGCGUCUGCAGUCGAGCCUAACCUUCGGCUCCACCAUCAAGGCCAUCGCCCUGGCCACCGUCAGCCCCGCCAAUGGAGCAGCGGCCACAGUUACGGGCUGGGGAAAGAUCGCCUACAAUAGCUACACCUCCACCUCGACGCUGAACUACAUCGACACCCGGAUAGUGUCACGCUCGCAGUGCGGCAGCUCCUCCUACAGCUACGGAUCGAGGAUCCGGGAGAGCAUGAUCUGCGCGGCGAUAGCCAACAAGGACUCCUGCAAUGGCGACUCUGGCGGGCCACUGGUAUCUGGUGGCCAGCUGGUGGGAGUCGUCUCCUGGGGAGUGGAAUGUGCCGCGGCCAAGUACCCCGGCGUCUACGCCGAUGUGGCGGAGCUGCGGACAUGGAUCCUGCAAGCCCAAAAGACUGUCUAGAAUCUAGGCAAAAGUCAAGUGAAUAUUUUCAUUAAAAUUAAACUCAGUCGUA